AUGGAACGCAUUCGGCACAACAUGAAAUUGGCGUCGAUUACCUCUCGUGCCCUCUGUUCGAGUCCCAGAGUCAGAAUCACCAUCGAGUUCAACAACCCCAAGCAGAGCUACACCACCGGGGACCAGAUCGGGGGCACGAUAACCGUGGCUGUGGUUGAUGAGAUCACGUUCGAUGAUAUUAGUAUCACGCUUGAAGGUUCGUCACGGGUCGCUCUACUGCGGCCAGUUACUGAAAACCGAGAAAUAAAGGCCUCCCACACGUUCCUCAGGCUGCAGCAGCCUAUGGAUAAAGCCGAGUAUCCUCCCUUACGAACCUUUAUCCCCGGAAGAUCCUACACGUACCCCUUCACUUUUGUGAUCCCCAGCGAACUACCUCUGGGGUCCUGCAUCCACAACGGAGAGUGGGGGUCUGGCCCUCAGCGACAUGCUGGACUUCCCCCCAGCAUGCACCUGGAGAAUCUGUUCCAGGAACUGUGUCGCAUCUCUUAUCUCAUUCGUGCAACCGUCCCCCGGCAAGGGAGAACCAUUGCUAUCUCCACGAGGACUGUGCGCUUCACUCCGACUCUCCCUCCUGGUAUCCAGGCCUCCCGCUCAUACCGGUAUCCUACGGAGAUGAUCGUUGGCAAGAUAUCACUGGCGCGGGGCCAACUUGCUGUGCUGGCUGCGACACCCCAGCUGAUCCAGUGUUGUUCACUCACGCGCGCCUCGGCAAGUGAUGUGGAUAAGUAUGUCUGCAUGCAAGUUCGCUUCGACCCGGUGGGGGAUGCACCGCCUCCACGGCUACGGGCGGUUUACCCUACACUCAACGCAUUGACAACUUUCAGCGCAGCGCUCGGCGCAGGCCAGAGCGAGACAGGGCCCGAUCCGCGGUAUCAAGGAGCCCACGUCGGGACGACUGCCCUUCCCUCCGUUGACCUUUCAUCCGCACGAUGGGCACGACAUACGUUCGCCCCAGGUCCAGGGCCUCUCAACUACCAUGGCCCGGUUGAGGCAAAUUCCCAUGUGAGAAAGGCGUUGUCCGGAGCGAAUGAACUCUAUUACACCGUAUCGAUAGCCAUCCCAGUCGCCCAACUGGGACACAGGGACCAUGUGCCAACGUUCCAUUCGUGCCUCGCCUCUCGCAUCUACCUUCUGUCACUUACCCUGUCAUAUAAUGUGGUUGAGUCAAGAGGACGUCGCGCUAUGAAGCUUCAAGUACCCCUGGAGCUAUGUACGGCCUCCGAUCAUGGGAGCGAGCUGCCUCUACAGGAUAGGAUGGGGAUGUCGAAGCCCUCUCAGUUCGGCGCACCCCCGCCGCCCUAUUCUGGUCAGAGUCCCUCGCUGCGUGUGAUACCCUUUACACAUGCGGAGGCGCAGGCGCAUGAUUUACCUGGGUAUUCUGAUACUGUCACCUGA